AAAGAGAGAAAGGAAAAGUGAUUCGUCUUCAAUAAAAAUCUAGGACGAAGAAGAAGCAACAGGUUUCUUCAUUCCCUUCUUCUUCAAUUCUUCUCCUCUCUCUCUCUCUCUGGCUUUCGCUCUCGCUCCCCAGGCGUCUUUGACUCACUUUCCUCAAACCAAUUCAGCUUUCCUAAUCCCUCCUUCUAUAUAUAAACUAAAAUCCCAACAAACUGUAGCUCCCCCAAUUUCUUUCCCCAUUCUUUACUUUCUGUACAGAUUCAUUUCACCAAAAAGAAAUUAUACAAAUUCAGAAAUUCAUUUCAUUUUUUUGAACUCUUUGUGAAGAAAAAGCCUGUGUUCGAUCUAGGGCUUGUGAUUUGAAUCAGAGGCCAUGACGGUCCCGAUUGCUCUCUACGCAACUCCGCCAAGCAGUGUCUGCUCCCACGCCACCUUUGAUUUCGAAUUGACCUCCCGUUCCUCCACCUCCGCCACGUCGACGCCGUCCACGUCGCAGAAGCCGGCGGUCGGGGGCUUAUCCUGCCUGUUCUCAUCUUCCACGGUCAAGCACGCUUCUUCUUCGUCUUCGGGUUUCUCCGGCGGAGCCGAGGAGCUGAUGUGGCCUGAUCGAGGCGAAGAGCUGAGCAGCUCGUUUCGAUAUUCGCAGAGCAAGAUGAACAGAGAUCAGAGCCCGAUUUCGGUGUUUCAUGGGCCGGUUUCGAGUGGCAGCAGCGGGGUUUCGAGCUCGGCGAGGAGUCCUCCGAUGAGGAAUGCGAGGGAGAGGAGUUGUAGCGGUGAUGUGAGCUUGAACGCGAUGCGGUGUGGGAGUAGUCGGCUGUUUAAUGGCUUUAUAAGGGGCGCUUUGGGGUCUACUUGUGUGGAUUAUGACUCGCCGGUGCGAAAUGAGGAUGACUUGGAGAUGAGAUCAGCUGCUGUGUUGGAUGAAUUGACUUUCAGUAUGGAGGAUGGGUUUGGGGAUGGCAAUUUGGAGCCUUACGCAAGGGAGCUGCUCAUCGGCGCGCAGUUGAGGCAUAAGAUUUUCUAUGAAGACUAUGUUAUUAAGGCAUUCUAUCAGGCUGAGAAAGCGCACCGGGGGCAGAUGCGAGCGAGUGGUGAUCAUUAUUUGCAGCAUUGUGUUGAGACGGCGGUGCUGCUCGCAUUGAUCGGCGCUAAUUCCACAGUUGUUGCUGCAGGGCUUUUACAUGACACGCUUGAUGACUCUGUUAUGAGCUAUGACUAUAUUUAUGGGAAAUUUGGAGCAGAAUCAGCUGAUUUAGUCGAAGGGGUGUCAAAGCUAAGCCAUCUGAGUAAGCUUGCCCGUGAUAAUAAUACUGCGUGCAAGACAGUUGAGGCAGACCGUUUGCAUACCAUGUUUCUUGCCAUGGCAGAUCCUCGAGCUGUUCUCAUUAAACUGGCUGAUCGAUUGCAUAAUAUGAUGACACUGGAUGCAUUGUCCUUAACUAAACAACAGCGGUUUGCAAAAGAGACUUUGGAGAUCUUUGUGCCAUUGGCGAACCGGCUAGGAAUCUCAAGCUGGAAGGUGCAGCUAGAAAAUCUGUGUUUUAAACAUCUCAAUCCAGACCAACACCUAGAGCUAUCGUCUAAGCUUGAAGAUUCAUUUGAUGAUGAAAUGAUUACUUCUGCCACAGCGAGAUUGGACCAAGCUCUUAGAGAAAAAGCCAUAUCCUACCAUGUCCUCUGUGGACGACAUAAGAGCUUGUAUAGCAUCUACUGCAAAAUGUUAAAGAAAAAACUUAACAUGAGUGAAAUUCAUGAUAUCCAUGGUCUCCGUUUGAUUGUUGAGAAAGAGGAGGAUUGCUAUCAGGCAUUGGAAGUUGUUCGCCAGCUAUGGACUGAGGUUCCAGGGAAGUUCAAGGACUAUAUAAGACAACCCAAGUGUAAUGGGUAUCAGUCCCUUCACACCGUGGUCAUGGGUGGAGGCACGAUUCCCCUAGAAGUGCAGAUCCGAACAAAGGAGAUGCAUUUGCAAGCUGAGUAUGGAUUUGCUGCUCAUUGGAGGUAUAAGGAAGGUGAUAGUAAGCACCCAUCAUUUGUGCUUCAGAUGGUUGAGUGGGCAAGAUGGGUGGUCACUUGGCAAUGUGAGGCAAUGAGCAGAGACCGGUCAUCUAUUACUUAUGCCGACUCCAUCAGGCCACCUUGCACGUUUCCUUCUCAUUCCGACGACUGCCCUUAUUCUUACAAAUCCCACUGUGGUGAGGAUGAGCCAGUGUUCGUCAUCAUGAUAGAGAAUGACAAGAUGUCUGUGCAAGAGUUUGCUGCAAACUCAACUAUCAUGGAUGUGGUUGAAAAAGCUGGGCGCGGGAGCAUGAGGUGGACGACAUAUGGACUCCCACUUAAACAAGAACUAAGGCCUAGGCUGAACCAAAUGCCAGCGAGUGAUCCUACAUGCAAGCUGCAGAUGGGGGAUGUAGUGGAGCUGACUCCAGCUAUCCCUGAUAAGUCAUUGACAGAGUACAGGGAAGAAAUCCAACGUAUGUAUGACCGGGGUAGGACCGUAUCAAGUUUAGGCUCCCCUGCUAGAAGCAUGGUAGGCUGGAGAAGAUGACCUUGUGCUUGAUUGCCCCAUUUAUAGUGUAUUCCGGGCCGCGCAUGGGUAUUUGUAUAUAAAAUCAAAAGCAUUUGUACAGAACAGCUACACGGUUCUGCUAUUUGAUGGCUAACUGAAUUCAUCACGAGUGUAAAACGGUUUAUCUUGGGAGUUCCCAUAUUGAAUGCACUAUAUAUGUUUCAUCUCCAA